CGCCCUAAGUACACCGCAGUCUCUACAGCUGGUCUAUGACUUACACUCCUUAUUACCAAUUUCGAUUCUACUACAAGUGUACAUAUUCCUACAACGUCAUUGCGACUACUUUACUACUUAUAUAUAUAUAAGCCGAUCCUUACCUCAAUAACAAACAACAUGUUCGUGAAAGUACUUACUACCGUACUAGCCCUAGCGGCAUCAACCGUAUCGGCCGAGAGCGCACCUGGUUACUCAGGCUUCAACCUGGUCUGGGCAGAUACCUUCGACGGCGCGGCCGGAUCUACGGUCAACAGCAACAACUGGAACAUCAUCACGGGUCUCAACGUCAACAAUGAAUGGCAGACUUACACGACGUCCAACCAGAACCUCCAACUUAGCGGCGGUGCCACCGUGCAGAUCGUGCCGCGCAAGGACAGCAGUGGUGCGUGGACUUCGGCACGUAUCGAGUCCAAAUAUACAUUCACGCCGCCAGCGGGCACGCAGACGAUGGCCGAGGCGAAACUUCGAUUCGGCGACAACGCCAUCGCGAACAAGCAGGGCCUCUGGCCGGCAUUCUGGCUCCUGGGCGACUCGAUCCACAAUGGUGUAGCAUGGCCGACGUGCGGCGAGCUGGACGUCAUGGAGACGGUCAACGGACAGCUGACGGGCUACGGCACGGUCCACUGCGACGUGUACCCCGGCGGCGUGUGCAACGAGCCCAGCGGCCUCGGCGCUUCUAUCGCCAUCCCCGACCAGAGCUGGCACAACUGGCGUAUCGUCUGGGACCGUCGCGCCAACACCUGGACCGGCGAGACAAUCACGUGGUACAUGGACGGCCAGCAGUUCCAGCAGAUCUCGGGCUCUAGCAUCAACAACCAGGGCGUCUGGAACUCGCUUGCCAACUCGGCCGUGUACUUUAUUCUCAACGUCGCUGUCGGCGGUGACUGGCCCGGCGCGCCCAACGAUGCCACUCUGGACGGGUACGGCAGCAUGAUGGAGGUUGCGUACGUCGCGCAAUACCUCGCCGCCUAAUGAAUUAUAAAUCAGUACUAUCAUCGAAACGGAAGGGUGACAGGUGACGGGGCUGGGGCUGGGGCCGAAGGAGUUUGGGUUGAUAACUUGGGUCAGGUGGGAAUAUUCUUGCAUUCUUCGUCCUUCGCUCCUGAACAUAUUUGAACUUUUUUGCAUAUGCAUAUACAUUCGCUUCUUGUAUAUACUUGCGGAGGAUUUGUAUAUACCUACAUGCCUUCUUACCUGUUUUUACCAAUCAAGAACAAUUACAAGCUAGCUCCGAUAUUGUUGCGUGUAAAUAGCCCCUUAAUACCGCCCCUGGUCUGCUUGCUUCGCAUUGGAUACUCAUGGCGGUUAAUCAUGCCGGCUAAUUCCCACUGAUGGAUUAGAUAGCUGGCCGUCGUCAUGGGGUAAGGUUUCUAUAUACUGCUUAUAGAGCCGCACUGUAGAUAAAGGGUAGUCACCUUGGCCAAUAAAUUUAUCUGUCUAACCUGC